CCUAGGUUGUCAGAACCAUGGUCAGAACGCUGAGAAGCAGUGAACAGCAGAGGUCUAACGUUAGCACAGGCACUCGUUAGGACAGAGAGACACUGAACUGUGAAGACAUUUUGCGGUGAACAUUUCCGAAAGCAAAUGUUAACUUUCGGAUAGUACAGUUUGCUAGACUGUCUAGCGUUUCGGGAGCUAGCUUUCAGUUUGCUUACUGGUGCUCUGCGGUGGAAAUAGCAAAAAUGUCGUCUCCAAGUCCGGGUAAAAGGCGAAUGGAUACCGAUGUGGUGAAACUCAUUGAGAGCAAACAUGAAGUCACCAUCCUCAGUGGACUCAAUGAAUUUGUAGUGAAGUUUUUUGGACCACAAGGAACCCCGUAUGAGGGAGGCGUGUGGAAGGUGCGAGUAGAUCUUCCUGACAAAUAUCCUUUCAAAUCGCCAUCAAUAGGAUUCAUGAACAAGAUUUUUCAUCCCAACAUUGAUGAAGCGUCAGGGACAGUGUGCUUAGAUGUCAUCAACCAGACAUGGACAGCCCUUUAUGAUCUGACCAAUAUCUUUGAGUCGUUCUUGCCCCAGCUGCUGGCUUACCCGAAUCCCAUCGACCCCUUGAAUGGAGAUGCAGCUGCCAUGUACCUUCACCGGCCAGAGGAGUACAAGCAGAAAAUCAAAGAGUACAUCCAGAAAUAUGCAACAGAGGAGGCUCUGAAGGAGCAGGAAGAGGGGGCAGGCGACUCUUCAUCUGAAAGCUCCAUGUCUGAUUUCUCAGAAGAUGAGGCCCAGGACAUGGAGUUGUAGUGAUAGGAGGGCUCCCCCCAUCCCGCCCCCUCCUUUAACCCCCACAGAGACUAUAUUUGAUUUCCUAACCAUGAGAAAGCAGACUUAUAAUAUUCAUAUUUAAACAAGUUGAUUUUUUUAUUAUUAUUAUUACUACUAAACAAGGAUUUUUAUGGAUAUCUAGCCUUUGGUGUGUUUGACACCCCUCCCGUUCUGUAGCUGUUUUUCCCUGCACAGGUGUCGCGAUUGCGUUCACAUUCUCUCUCCCUGCCAUCUCCACAUUUUUCAGGUGUGUCAUGUAGUCGUAGACAGGAAGUAUCCCCCGUGAACCUCUCACUUCUUUACUAAAAUUACACUUUUUAGAAUACAUGAUAUAUACUAUAAUAUAUGCUUUCUAGUUUGACCUGAAUCCUAAUUUCCUUUCUUUUUCCACAGUGCUAAUUGAUUCUGACCAACACUUUGCUUGUUGCUGCUUAGAUCUUGCUUGCCUGGAGGUGCAGCUUUACAGUUUUAUCCUUUAGACAAGACAGCAUUUUUAAGGCACACAAUCACACGCAGGGUGUCUCAGCCUCACCUUACAUAAAAAUACGAAAGGUGUAGUGCCAGUAGACACACGUGCUUCAACCCUGUAUGCUUUCUAAGCAUAUCUUUUUCUACACAUUGAAUGAGACAUGACUGUAAAAAAACAAACAAAAAAAACAAAGAAAAUCAGUUUGGAUGCUGUUUGUUACUCUUUAUUGUUACAGGCUGCUACAGCUGCCUGUCUACACGCGCCGCUGUGCAGUGCAAAGUAAAUGCUUAAUAAGGUCAAGUCUUAGAAAACAAAGUCAAUAAAAUCCAUGUCUCGGUACAGGGUAAGUGACAGCGUGGCGACAAAGACAUACUGGGUGCUUUUCGUGUUGAUUUGUGGAAUGUACGCCAGCUGCACAAUCUGUAUGGCAAAGGCAAUGAAGACGAAAGUGGCUUUACUCCAGUGCAUUGGUGGAGAUUGUGGUCAGUGUCAUUUGGUAUGAUGGGAACUGAAAAUAGACCAGAACUGCCCUUUAACCAUCUGACCAUAUAUGAAUUUCAUACUUCAUGCAUCUUGCACUAGUUUUUUUGUCAGCGGACGCACCUCGAACACAUGAGCACCAAAGUCUCUCGCUCUUGCAGGAAGCCACUGUCUUGCAGUCUUCCUGCAAAUUUAUACUGGUAUAAACGGCCAAGAGCAACUUCCCAGGUAGAGAAAGCUAUUAACUCUUGUGAAUGUAGAAUUUACCAGAAUCAAAGUCUGUUUAAACUUUAGUAUAAAGCACCAAAAAAUGGUCAUAUGGUUAACGAGUGGAUCUGAGGGGAAAAAAAGGUGUGAUUUAUUGAAGAUUCAGAUUUGUGUAGUAUCGGUCCUCCUCACAUUCCACUGUUACCUGGAGUUUGCUCCAAUGCAUGCCCUUCAUAUUGGUCUGACCUGUGCUAUGUACCCUGACUGCAUCAACUGGACUCCCACACUUAAUGUCUGCCUACCAGGAUCUCUAUUUGGACCUCUAGUUUGAAGAAAGUUGCAAAAUAAGAGCCCAACACACAUUUAGGCUUGUAGCACGUUUUCGAGAGGGGAAAGCAUUAAUUUCAUAUGUACAGGUUUGACUUGUCUUAAAAAAAAAAAGAAAGAAAAAAAAGCACAAAAAACAAAACAAAAAAACUGGCAUUACUGAUUGUUGAUUUUGUGUGGCGGGUUGAGAUGUAAAUCCAUGAUGUGUGGAAAGAAAUUGCAAUCGCA